AUGGUCAACAGGAAAACAGCCGAUGCGACAGACCGUCUGUUCGCAUCCCUCAUCGCCGGCAACCCAGGCCUCAAACUGGACUACCACAACAUGGCAGCCAUCUACGGCCAAGGAGCCACCUACGACGCCAUCGAGGGCCGUUUCCGCCGGUACAGAAAAAUGGCAGACGACCUGCGCGCAGAGGCACAGGCCCGAGGGGUAAAUAUCAAUAACGGCGUCCCGCGCACGCCUCGUGGGCUGCGAAGCAGAGCUCCAGCUUCUGCGUCUGCGUCGAAAUCAAAAUCCAACCAGUCCUCCGCGUUGAAGAAUCAAAAGCCAGGUUUUGGGGAAAACAUCCCCGAGACACCGACAAAACCCAACGGCAGCUUGAGUAACAUCAUGGGCUCGGCUGCAGAUGUGAUCUGUCUUGACGACUCCUCCGCAUCCCCCGAGGCCGAAACGAAGAAAGAGGCGGACAGUCUGUUCGUGAAGAUGGAAAAUGUCAACCCAGAACACACUGCAGCCCGCUCUCCCUCUCUGCCUGUUCUGUCGCGGGUUACUCCAUCUCCUGUCAAGCCCAAGAGUCUCAUUGUUGGAAGUGUAACUCCUCUGAAGCGAUCUGUUGAGGGUAUCGAGGAUCCGGAGAACAGCCCUACUCCGCAGGUGAAGGCGGAGCGUCUGGAGGUGACGAAUCCGUUUGUGUUUCGGAUGGGGGAUUCGUUUGCGAUGUCGGAUCCGUUCGUCAAUGAGGAUUACUAUGAGGGAGCGGCUUGA